CUGCAAGAGCUAGCGAGUGUUACGUACGUGACCGCGUGUGCGCCUCUCGUCUCGUCUUCCUCCUCCUGCUGCUGCGUUGCUCCCCUACCUAACCCCCUCUCUCUCCCUCAUCUCGCUCCUCCUGCUGCUAGCUAAUGCUGUAUUUAUUCCCACCACCUCCUCCCACUCUUCGUGCCUCGCCGGAGCAAGCAGUACCAGUGCACUGUUGGUUCGCUAGCAAGUCGGCAUUAAUCCGAGAGUGUGCAUGCACCGGAGGAAGCUAGGUUAGCUUUGUUCCGGCCAUGAUCACGGUGGCGGCACCGGAGGCGCAGCCGCAGGUGGCGGCGGCGGUCGAUGAGGCGCCGCCGGAGGCGGUGACGGUGUUCCGGUCCAAGCUUCCGGACAUCGACAUCCCCAGCCACCUGCCCCUGCACGAGUACUGCUUCGCCAGGGCGGCCGAGCUCCCCGACGCGCCGUGCCUCAUCGCGGCGGCCACGGGGAGGACGUACACGUUCGCCGAGACGCGCCUGCUGUGCCGCAGGGCCGCCGCGGCGCUGCACCGGCUGGGCGUCGGCCACGGCGACCGCGUCAUGGUGCUGCUCCAGAACUGCGUGGAGUUCGCCGUGGCGUUCUUCGCCGCGUCGUUCCUCGGCGCGGUCACCACCGCCGCCAACCCGUUCUGCACGCCGCAGGAGAUCCACAAGCAGUUCAAGGCCUCCGGCGUGAAGCUCAUCCUCACCCAGUCCGUCUACGUCGACAAGCUCCGGCAGCACGAGGCGUUCCCAAGGAUCGACGCCUGCACCGUCGGCGACGACACGCUCACCGUGAUCACCAUCGACGACGACGAGGCGACGCCGGAAGGCUGCCUGCCGUUCUGGGACCUGAUCGCGGACGCCGACGAGGGGUCCGUCCCGGAGGUGGCCAUCUCGCCGGACGACCCCGUGGCGCUGCCGUUCUCGUCGGGCACGACGGGCUUGCCCAAGGGCGUGGUGCUGACGCACAGGAGCGUCGUGUCGGGCGUGGCGCAGCAGGUGGACGGCGAGAACCCGAACCUGCACAUGGGUGCCGGCGACGUGGCGCUGUGCGUGCUGCCGCUGUUCCACAUCUUCUCGCUCAACUCCGUGCUGCUGUGCGCGGUGCGCGCCGGCGCGGCGGUGGCGCUGAUGCCCAGGUUCGAGAUGGGCGCCAUGCUGGGGGCCAUCGAGCGGUGGCGCGUGACGGUGGCGGCCGUCGUGCCGCCGCUCGUGCUCGCGCUCGCCAAGAACCCGUUCGUGGAGCGCCACGACCUCAGCUCCAUCCGCAUCGUGCUCUCCGGCGCCGCCCCGCUCGGCAAGGAGCUCGAGGACGCCCUCCGCGCCCGCCUGCCUCAGGCCAUCUUCGGACAGGGAUACGGGAUGACGGAGGCGGGGCCGGUGCUGUCGAUGUGCCCGGCGUUCGCCAAGGAGCCGACGCCGGCGAAGUCCGGGUCGUGCGGGACGGUGGUGCGGAACGCGGAGCUCAAGGUGGUCGACCCGGACACGGGCUUCUCCCUCGGCCGCAACCUCCCCGGCGAGAUCUGCAUCCGCGGCCCACAGAUCAUGAAAGGUUACCUGAACGAUCCCGAGGCGACCGCCGCGACGAUCGACGUCGAGGGGUGGCUGCACACCGGCGACAUCGGCUACGUCGACGACGACGACGAGGUCUUCAUCGUCGACCGUGUCAAGGAGCUCAUCAAAUUCAAGGGGUUCCAGGUGCCGCCGGCCGAGCUGGAGUCGCUGCUCAUCGCUCACCCGUCCAUCGCUGACGCCGCCGUCGUCCCGCAAAAGGAUGACGUCGCCGGCGAGGUCCCGGUCGCGUUCGUGGUCCGCGCCGCCGACUCCGACAUCACGGAGGAGUCCAUCAAGGAAUUCAUAUCCAAGCAGGUGGUGUUCUACAAGAGGCUACACAAGGUGCACUUCAUCCAUGCGAUCCCCAAGUCGGCGUCUGGGAAGAUACUGAGGAGAGAGCUCAGAGCCAAGCUCGCGGCGUGCUGACCAUGUCAAUGAUGGAUAAUGAUGGCUAGGCUAUACAUGCGUUCUACUAUGUAUUACUCUGAAAAUGCAGUGAAGUUCUGGUUGAUUUGUGGUCGUAUUUGUGACGAGAUUUAUUUUCUGAGAAAAAAAAGUUUAUUCUUUUUGCUAGCCAGUAUACUGCUGAAUUUGAUGCCAGGCGCACAUUUGCGAAAGAAACUGCGGCAAACUUGGCAACUUUUUAGUAUAUGAUCAAAACAAACGUGUACAAUGUAGCAUUUGUACGUGUUGUUGCCAGUUGGGGAAUACGACUACCGUGUAUUGGAUUCAUGAUUUACAUAUAUCAGUAUUGGUUCA